AGCUCAUGGGAUUUGUCUGUGCUUGUUGGGGUGCUGGGGAACCCAGGGCCUUGUGCGCGCCAGGCAUGUGCCCCACCACGGAGCCCCCCACGCAGCCCAUCUGAUUGAACAGGCCAGACCGUCCAUUGUGGUGUGAACUGAGGACACAGCUGUCCCCACAGUCCAUGGAGCCAAGACUUGUCACCAGCUAUAAGGAGAAUGUGCCCCCAGGGCCUGCAACCCCCAGGAGGCCAGAGCAACGAAGAUUUCUGAGGGGCCUGGAAAUUGGCCUGAGCCAUGGAAAUGGCCAGUCGGUGCCCAUAUGCCAGGUCACAAGGGGAGGGCCACCUACCACACCCUCUCCAGGGACGGCACUGCCCCAGGAUCCCUGCCGAGUGCAGAGCAACCUGGCCAGUCCUCAUCCCCGCCUGGGCCUGCCCUUGAAGGACACGACUUGCUGGCUGGACACUUCAGGCUUCCAGCAACAAAGCAACUUGUGGUCACUGGCUGGGAGGCCCCAAGGGAAGGUGCGAGAGUCCCCUGUUCAGCAGAAGAACUUGCGUGUGGGAGGGACGGGCAGCAGCUCCCUCCGGGAAAGCCACAGGCCGCGGGCUCACCUGCCCCUCUGCAUGAGGCAGGUCCCCGGAGCCACACUGGCCCCCUGCCCCAACUUCAGGCCUGCCACAGGCUUCAGUCCACUGGAUGGAUGCCCACGGCCAGGUCCCAGAGCCUGGCGUGACCUGGAGAGCUGGACUGGCAGGCUGGUGGGGGAGCCCCUCACCCUGGAGGACUUAGCUGUCCCUGCCCGGAGCCAGGCUCGGGCCCCGCCCCCCAUUGCCACCUGCCUGCUGCUGGCCUCCGCGAAGCGCUUGGAGCAAGAGGCCGCUGGCCUCAGGUGCAGGGUGUCCCGGAAGCCCCCUGGCCAUGCACCGUGGGGCCCCCGCACCCGCCGUGGCCAGACGUUCCCUGCCCGCCCCCAGCCCAGCCAGCCUGUUCACGCUUCCCAGGAUGAGAAGAGACGCCCCCGCGGCCUCCUAGAGACUUGGGGGGUCCAGGCGCCCAUAGACCCUGGAGCGCUCAGCGAGCCGGAGUCGUUCACCACCGCUCUGGGGACAUUCACGGGGAACUUCUUUGACUCUGAGCAGGAGGUCCUUCCCGAGCAGCCCCCAGGACAAGGAGACAAGUGCCCCCCAGAGCCUCCACCUGGCUGGGAGGCCAUGGGGAUCCCCAGUCUCACUGGAGGGACGGGCAGCUCGGAGGCCAGGCUCACUUCUUCAGCCUCCUCCAGCGCCGCUGGGGACGCCCUCCUUGGGCAGGAAGGAGAGCAGCCCCUGCGGGAGCAGGCAGACAGGGAGGCAGAGAGGACGGCUUCCUGUCCCUCAGAUGCCACCUCUUCGAGGAGGAGCGGCCAGCAGGUGGAGGCUGGAGGAGGCUGGGCCAGGGUGGGGCUCCCAGCAGAACGGUGUGACCCUGGAGCCCCAGGCAGCCCGGUGAGGCCAUGGCUGUGGUGGGUGGGAGAGGCAGGCUGGGUGAUGGCAGAGGCACAGGAGAGGAAAUGUCUUCCAGGAAGCCAAAGGGUGUCAUUGGUCCCUGGUCCCCGGAGCUCUCCUGCUGGGACUUCUUGUCCAGCUGUCAGCGAGAGGGAGGUUGUCCUGCGUGGCCAGGGCCACCCCUUUGUGACUGCUGGAAAGGCCACACAGGAAGGGCCCAGAUGCCGCUGCCCCUGGGGGUGGGAGGGCCAGGUCCUUCCCCAAUCAGCCUGGUCUGUCCUCAGCUGGCAGCGGCUGUCCAGAUGUUUCAGAGCCUGGAGACACUUGGCCUGGAGGCGGUGGGCAGUGACCAUGGCAGUGGCUCUGAGCCGCAGGCGCCUGCUGCGAAAGGGCCUUCGGGCCUUGCGAUGGGCCCUGUGGCUCCGGGAGGCACAGCUGGAGGCGGCCUGGGGGCGACACACCAAGGCCCUGCUAGCCCGGAGCUUCCGAGAGUGGAGAUGCCUGGCUCUGCGGCAGGAGCAAGGGCACCCCCAUGUCCAGUAUGUGUCCAGACCCCCUUGUCACGGCCCUUCCUUGGGAAGAGUGGCAGUGGUGGACCCUGCCCAGAGGUGCAGGUCGGCUGGAACCCCCAGUCCAGGGAGGCAGAGGCAGGAGGAGGGAGCCCGGCCUCGUCCACUGCAGCCUGGGCAGAGAGCGGAUGACGGAGACGGGCGAGUCCAGGUCCUGCAGGCCUUGCAGCAGCUGGCAGUCUCCCUCCUGCAGUACCACCUGAAGGACAGGACCAGGCAGGAGCGGGCGGUCCUGGAGGAGGCACCUGGGGCCCCACAGAGGACUCGGAGGAUGGCCAGCCCCCCACGGGCCUGGCACCCAAAUGCUGCAGGUGCCUCAGUGACCUCUCAGCCGCAGAGAGCUUGGCUGCCCAGGGGCUCUUGUAGGUGCUCAGGGGCCUGGCAACAGCUGGCACCAAGAGGAGCCCAGGUCCAGAACCACCCUGCUGACCCCAGGCUGGAGACCCUGAGAGUGUGCCUGGCACAGUGGGUGCAGAUGAAGCAACUCCGAGCCUCAGAGGGCACCAAGGUGACCCGGCUGUCCCUCUGCCUGAAGAAGGCGGGUAGCUCAAGCCCUGGAGCCACCACAGCCCGCCGCCUUCAGAUAGUGGCCCAGGCCCAGGGGCCACCCCAGGGGCCAGGCCAGGGCUCCCUCCAGGAGGCCUGCCGGAGACUGACCCUGACCCAGGCACUGCGGCUGUGGAGGACACGGCUCUGUCAGCACCAGCAGGCUACGCGCGGGCAGGCAUCCUGUGGCCGUGUGCGGGCUCUGGAGCGGGGGGGCCUGGGGCCUAGCUCACCCCUGACCAGUGCCACGAUCCCCACCCUCCCCUGGGAGUCGGUGAUGCAAGCAGAGUGCCAGGGGGGAGCACGUCACCCUGCUCUGGCCAGAGAGGAGGCGGGGCCCCUGACUUGCCACCUCUUCUGCAGCUCCUUCUCUCAGGGCCUGCGGGAGAGGACCCUGCGGCACAUCCUGAGCUGGUGGCGCUUGAGGGCAUGGGCUCAAGGCACCCUGUCAGGCGGCAGCGAGACCCCUUUGGCCCUGGGGCCAUGGGGCAGUGGCCCGAGAGAGGCCUGGCUGGGCUGCAGUGACCCCCGGGUUCCCUGGAGCAGGACCCCCGUCCUCCUGGAGCCUCUCCGGGUGAGCUUCCUGUGGGCAGCUGGGCGGCGACGGCAGAGGCAAAGCCUUCUGCUCUGGUGGGCACGGGCCCAGCAGUCCCGGGGCGCAGCGAGGUGGUGCCAGCGCAGCCUGCAGAGGCGUGUCCUCCUCAGCUGGAGCCACUGGAGCACAGCCCAAGGUGCCCGGAGGGAGUUGGCUGCCCAGCGGGCCUGGGAGCGGAGCUGCAGGACUGCGCUGGGGCUGUGGCGGCAGCGGCUGGCGCAGUGGCAGGAGGCCGAGCAGCGGGCCCAGGAGCGGGGCCGGGGACUGGCGCGGGAGGCGCUGCGCUGCUGGCACUCCCGCUGGCAGAGGCAGCAGGUCCUGCAUGAGAAGUACCAGAGGUGGGUGCAGGGCCACCUCCGGGGCCUGCGGAGGACCAUGUUCCAGGGCUGGUGGCAGGCAGCGGCUCGAAGGAGGCACAAGCAGAGGGUCCUAAAGGCCUGGGCUCAGUUAGCGGCCCAGGGCCACGUCCAGCAAGCUGCCAUCACCCAGCUUCAGCAGGCUGGGCUUAGGCGCCUCCUUUGGACCCACUGGGCCCAGUGGCAGAUGGCGCUGCUCAGAGUGCGGCUGAAACCAUGGACCCAGGCCCAGAGGAUGGACCUUGAGCACUGGCCCAGGCUGGCCAGCAGAGGGUGCCUCGUGCUGAUGGACACUCCAGCCCCUUGGAAGCAGACCCGCAGCUGCUGGACAUGGGCCACAGGGCCUGUGCUGCCCCGGCCAACAUGGGAGCACAGCCACGGUGCAGAGAGGACACAGAAAGAAACCACCUGGGCUCAGAGUGACAGAGAGUAUCCCCUCUGCCCCACCUCCCGGUUCUGGUUGCAGUGGCCUGGACAAGGCAGCUGGGCUUCUAGCUGGCUGCCUUCGGGACUGAGAGGUGGGGGGCUCAGAGCCCUCCAAAGCCAAGGGAAGGCCCCUCCCAGGAGGCCGGGUGCUCAUUCCUGUAGGAUCCUGGAAGAGCAGCCCCAGUCCCAUGGCUCUGCGCUCCUCUGGUCAUGGAGAGGUGCUGAUGCUCCUGGUCAUAAGGAGGAAGUACCUGCGGUGCUGGCGCCUCAAGGCUCGGCUUCGAGGGUUCCAAGCUUCCCAGAAUGCCAGGCGCCUGGCAGUGAUUUGGAGGAGCUGGGCAGAUGCUCGAAGGGGGCAGCAGCCGUCUCAGGCCCUGCUCAGGCAGUGGCACCUGGGACAGGCCUGGAGGAUAUGGCGGCGUCGGGUCCUGCAGCUGCAGGUAGCUGUGAGGCUACAGCAGCAAGAAGGUGGCUGGGUCCUCUCCCAGGUACCAGCCAGGGCCACCUCACUUCACCCAACCAGCCCUCCCCAAACCAGUACCAGCUCUGGUCAUGGCUGGGCUGAGGGUCUUCCCUGCUUGCCACGCCCGGGGGCCCCUUCAUUUGCAGGGGAGAGGGGUGGGGUUGAGUGUAGAACAUACAGCCCAGAGGCUAGAGCCUGAGAUUUGACUA